AUGGCAUCUGCCUUAUUGCACAUGAGCUGCCCAUCAUUGAAACAUGACAUCAUUGGCAUGGAAUCUCAUUCUUUUAGGGAAACUCUGCAAGGACUAGAAGGGGCUAAACGGGACCACGAUUUAGAAGAUUUAGACCGCUCCCAAGUUAAAAAAAGACGUAAGCAAUCCAAACCGAAUAGAAUAACUUCUACUGAAUUGUUUUCUGAAGUCGAUAUUAAAUCUUCAGUUUGGGUAACAUUACAACAAAACCAACCGUUAAUUCCUUUGAAAGAAACAGAUAAAAUAAGAAACUAUGACAUCAGCUUUUGUAAUGUUGCCAAAGAAAAUAAAGUUGAACAAAAACAUGACAGUGAAGCAGAAGAGAGUUCAGAAGACAAUUGCUCAGGAAUGUACAGUUCAAAUAAAAAAAAAGACUUUUCGUUUCCUUUGAAUUUAUCCCACAAGACACCUUCGCCUCAAGACUCAGUAGACUCAUUCUCAUCAACAAUAGAAGAAAGAAGCUGGUAUAAAAAUUCUGAUAACUCAAAUCUUCCUGGACCAUCUACAAUCAAAUAUCCCAAAGAAUUCCAGAGUGGCAAAGAAACGGCUGAACAUGCAAUUGAAGAGGAUAAGCCAACUGUCAAAAAAGAAGAAAAUGAAUCACAAGACACAGAUAGCCCUCACGAUGCUCUCAAAAAUGGAGCCCAUAUUGGAGGUGUCGUGUGUGAUAUUUGCAACAAGGAAUUAUGUAGCAAAUACUUUCUCAGAGUUCACAAACAGAAUUCUCAUGGCAUUGUAGAAGAAGCAUUUUUACCGCAAAUUGGUUCUGAAAUAAAAGUUCCUAUGGCUAACGCUGAUAUAGCUUUGCGACCCAAUGACAAUGAAUUGAAUCACCGUUAUUUCAGCCAUUUUACAGAAGUAUGUACAAUUUGUAACAGACGAUUUCGUAGUGCUAAAUGGCUUCGAGCUCAUUUGCUUAAUGACCACGGUGAAGAAGGUAAAGAUAAAUGGAAAGAAGUUCAACUACAAAACGUUUUAGCCUUGCUUUUGGUACAUGAACGAACCCAUUUACCUAUCAUAACAGAUAUGCAAGAUAUUCGUUGUCCAGUUUGUGCAGUAUGUUUUGACAAUUCUGAAAGUCUUGAUAAACAUUUAACUCUGAAACAUUCACUACCAAUGUUUCCAUUUAAAAAAAACCCUGAAGAAUCUGGAAACUUUAAUGAAAAUCCACAUGCUUUUCAGUGUGAAGAAAUGGAAAAUAAAGCAGGUCUUAAUAAAGAUGACAAUAAUUAUGAAGAGAUUAAUGAUUCUAAAUUUGAUGCUAGUCCACAAGCAGAUGCUUGCUUGAAAUGUAACAGAUGUUCUUAUAUGACACAUCAUAUAGAACUAUAUUCUGAACAUAUUAAAAAUGAACAUAAGUUAGAUGAACCUCAGAUGGAUUACUUGCAAAUUAUAAGAGACGCCUUAUUACAAAUCGCGAAUAAUUCUCAUAUUCCAGCAUCAUUUGCUGUUCCGAAUAAUCUUGGAAACUUUAUGAUGCAACCAUUUGUAUUAGAAGAUAAGGCCUUUGGAGCAAAUUCACCCAGCACGUUCCUAUCUUCCUUAGUGUUCCUUCCUGUGAAAGAAAGACUUGACAAACCUAUCACUGCAUCAUUCAAAUUAACUCCGACAUAG